UUUGUCUGGCGCUGUCAUGGCUGAAAAGAGGAAUGUUUGGGGGCUGUCACUACUGUUUUUGUUAGUUUCUGUGUCUCUCCUUCAUUUAUAUAUAUGCCCUUUCACAAAAGUAGAAGAGAGCUUUAAUUUACAAGCGGCGCAUGACAUUUUGUUCCAUAGACUUGAGUUUGAGAAGUAUGACCAUCAUGAGUUCCCAGGAGUGGUUCCACGGACUUUCCUUGGGCCCUUACUUUUGUCUGGUCUCAGCUCUCCUGUUGUAUUCUUGUUUCAACAAAUGAACACCUCAAAGUUUUAUGCACAGUUAAUAGUACGUGCAUCUUUGGGAGUGUGUGUCAUUGGAGCACUUUGGUACAUGCAAAGAGAGGUGAGGAGGCAGUUUGGCUCCACAGUGGCAGGGAUCUUUUGUGUUACAUGCGCUUCCCAGUUCCAUUUAAUGUUUUACAGCACGAGAACACUCCCCAAUAUAUUUGCGCUACCUAUUGUUCUUGUAGCCUUCACAUCUUGGAUGGCACAAAGAUAUGGCUGCUUUAUUUGCCUCUCUGCUUUUGUCAUCAUUGUUUUUCGGUCAGAGUUAUGCAUCUUAAUGGGUCUGAUGUUACUGAUAUCUUUACUAAGCAGGAGACUUGGCAUAGUAAAGCUAAUUUCAUUUGCCUUGCCUGCUGGUAUACUGUCUUUAGGACUUACAGUUGCAGUAGACACAUUCUUUUGGGGGAAACCGCUUUGGCCUGAGGGACAGGUUUUGUGGUACAACACUGUCCUCAACAAAAGUUCAAACUGGGGAACCUCUCCCUUUCUGUGGUACUUUUACUCUGCUGUGCCCCGAGCUUUGGGAUGCACCUUGUUUUUCGUCCCUCUUGGCCUACUUGAUCGGCGGAUGAGGAUUAUUUUCCUUCCCACUGUGGGAUUUAUCCUUUUGUAUUCACUGUUGCCUCAUAAAGAGCUGCGCUUCAUAAUCUACACCUUCCCAGUGCUAAGCUUGGUGGCUGCUCGAGGAUGCUCAUUCAUUCUGUCAAACUAUCAUAAGUCAUGGAUGUACAAACUAGGGUCUAUAGUUGUUGUUGGUCAUCUUCUCGUGAACACAGGAUACUCGGGCUUUUGCCUUUACGUGUCCCAUCACAACUACCCAGGAGGCAAGGGAAUGUUAGAACUGCACAGAUUACAGCCAUCAAACACAAAUGUCAUUGUUCAUAUAGAUACGUUUGCAGCUGAAACUGGUGUAUCAAGAUUCUUGGAGCUGCACAAAAACUGGAGAUAUGACAAACGUGAAGAUAUGACCCCAACAAAUCCAGAGAUCAAACUGUAUACACACCUAUUAAUGGAAGCAAAUGUUACCAAGAUACAACAACUACGAGGGACUCAUCAACCUAUGGCUUUCAUAUAUGGCUACAGUAAAACAGUCCUGAACUUAUUCCAUGUUCCACCUGUAGAUGUGCAGCUACUACAAAAGACUGUACUAAUGGAGCAGAUCAAAGACAGCUGAUAAGACAGCUAUUUUGGAAAAUAAGUUUUUUAUAGUUUAUAUUUGGUAUGGAAAAUGUCUUAAAUAGGACCAAAAUAUUUUGCAUAGUGCCGGUUUUGUACAAUUGUUUAGAUUUCUAUUUGUUUCCAUUGUGUUCCAUCAAGUUAAAAUGAAUCAUUAAACCUAAGUAUAUUGCACAAUUUUGACACAAUUCAUUAGUUGAGUGAAAGUAAAAUACUGCUGUGUAAAAAUUUUUAACACCAUGUUUGCAUCAGUGUUCUAAAGUUUAAAAAUGAAAAUACAAUUUCUGUGCAUAAGGAAAACCUUUAUUUAGAAACAGUUGCAAAAUUUGCAUGGUUCCAGUCUCAAUGCUAAAACAUUUAUCAAAUUAGGUUCUGAAGUUAUUUAUUAUAAAAAUGUACAGUACAUUGUUUACUCAAUAUUAAAUCCAUAAUUUAAUCCCAGACAUAAACCUAAAUUGUGCUUAAUGGACAACUUGUAUAAUCAAGACAAAUGGUUUACUCUCAAAAUACAGCAAUAACAUUUCAGCAAGUUUAAGUAAAAUAGAAAAUUCUAUUUCUAAAUGACAGUACCGUGAGCCACAAUUCACAAUGAAAUUAAAUAAUAUUAACUAAACACAUAUUUCAGUCACAGCAUUUAUUUUUGGGCCAAAGUUCAUUUAAAAAAACAAAACAAAAAACAUCAGUGAUCAUAAUUCAAAUUGAUCAAAUAACAUCCUGAUGUGAUCUGAUCAAAAAUCAAAAAGAAAAAACUGUACAGCAUUUUGACCUGAAGUAGUUUUUUGGUAAGGCACAAAAAGAGAGAAGACACGAGACAAAGAAAAUUGUUUACAAGCAACACAUAACAAACCCCUACAGCUAGAAACCCCCUCCCUCCCUGAUACACUUUUCAAAGUGUUUAACAGUAGUACAAUACAAUUAACCCUCCAAGUCUUUUGCAUUGAAAAAUCAGUGUAUAAAUUGAUAUUGUACAAUUAAAAAUACCUUAACUUCA